UUUAUUUUUUUGUGUGUGACACAGAGUUGAGACAAGUUGUACGUGGUUGUUGUUGGUGUAGAAUUUGUAUCGGUCAUUUAUUCGAGUUUUAAUUUUAGGUGUUAUUCAGUGUUAUCUAGUGUCUUGUGGUCCAGAAGUUUGUAAAAGCAGUGCGUUUAUGUUAAACUUGUGUUGCAUUUAUUAACGUAGUGUUACUGUGAAACAUUAUCAGAACUUAUCCAGUGAUGAGGUGUUUCCUACCUGUUAUGUACCGUCAAAAAGUUUUGAAAGUUGUCUAACUUUUCAUUUAGUUUAUUUCACGUUUGAAAAAUGUUUAAAUACAGUUAUUGGCGUGAAGCCAGAAAUGGAAAGGAUUGUUAUAUUACUUGCCAAGAUAGCCUGGUGUAGAUAUACCCUACACUAGUUGCUGUUUGACCAGCUUUCAAGGACACAUUUCUAUAACGUAUUGCUUGAUGCGGUGACAGGAUGGAUGCGGCGGACAAGCGGAUGUUGGAUCGCGAGGCGCUCCGCAACAUGAUCCAGCAAUGGAACGCCAACCGCCUUGACUUGUUCGAGCUCAGCGAACCCAACGAGAAUUUAGAAUUUCAUGGCGUCAUGCGAUUCUAUUUUCAAGAUUCGGGGCAGAAGAUAGCUACGAAGUGCAUCCGUGUUGCUUCCGACGCCACUGUUAGCGAUGUUAUAGAAACGCUAAUCGAGAAAUUCCGUCCAGACAUGCGCAUGCUUUCGCUGGGCUCGUACUCGCUGUGGGAGACGCACGGGCCGGACGACGAGCGCCGCCUGGAGCCGCACGAGAAGCCGUUGCUGGUGCAGCUCAACUGGCACGCGGACGACCGCGAGGGGCGCUUCCUGCUCAAGUGCCUCACUAACAACGAGGUUCCAUUGACAACUGUCAACGAAAAAGCGGAUCAAAACUUCAAACGAAAAUUGUCGAAACGAGAGAAAAAGGAGUUGAAAAAGAAGGAAAAACUAUCUAGAUUAAAAUCGGACACAAAUGACGAAAAUAGACCUGUUGCUGAGAAAUUAUACACAGAAUUACCGGAGACUUCGUUCACGCGCAGCAUCAGUAACCCUGAGGCGGUGAUGCGGCGGCGCAGGCAGCAGAAGCUUGAGCGUAAACUUCAGCAGUUCCGAUCUAAGGACGGCGGCCCUGACACUGGUGGGACUCUGAAAAUAUACGGAUCGUCACUGUGUCCCGACGUGCCGUACAAGACGUUGCUGCUGUCAGUCGGCGACACGGCGGCUGGCGUCGUGCGCGAGAUGCUCGAAAAAUACGGCCUGUCGAGACACGAUCCGCACCAUUACUGCGUCGUGCAGGUGGAUACUGCGGAUAACUCGGAGUACAUUCUAGAAGACGACGAGUGCCCGUUAGCUAUCGUGAUGACGCACCACCACCGCAGCUCCAUCAUGUUCCACGUGCGGCGGCGGCCGUCGGACGCGCAACCUCGGCGGCGGAAGAAGAAGUCCAGCGUGGGCACGGGCAGCGCGCGGCCCGGCAACGAGCCCAUGCUGGUGGAGGUGGCGCCCGACGGAGCCGCGCUCGAAAACGGCCGCCGCGUACGCAUCACAGACCUUGUCGAGGUUGGUUCCGGUAACGGCACCGCGCUGCAGCUGUACGGGCCGUCCAUACAGCCGCGCCACUGUGUGGUGGCGCCGGCGGAGGGCGGCGGGUACAGUGUCACGCCGCUGCACGCCGACGCGCACGUCUACGUCAACGGGCGGCGCACGAUGCACACGCAGCGGUUGCAGCAUGGCUGCUUGCUCAAAUUCGGUCGAGUUUCUACGUUCCGCUUCGUGGAUCCGAUGCAAGAGAACAUCAUUAAUAGAAAUUUAUCGCAGUCCCAGCACUACGGCUCCGGCUCCAUAUACGACAGAUCGCCGUCGGGCGAGCAGCGGAACAGCGGCGCCAUGUCGCCGACGUCGCUGGCGUCGCACCAGCCCGACGCGCUGGACGCCAACGCCAACGUGACCGACGACUACCCGCGCGCCGUCAGCCCCGCGUCGCACGACUACGCGUACAACGCUGACUCCUCCCACGCGCCGUACAACAACAACACGCUGAAGCUCGACAACGAGUCGCUCAUGAUGUCGCAGCACCUCAACGACUCCAAGGGCGACUACAUCAGAGACGAGCACUCGGGGUCGGUCUACGAGCAGGAGCACAGCGCUCCCGGUCGCGGGCCCAGCGCGCAGUACAAAGACAACUACGAGACAACGUUCGACUUGGACGGCAACGUGGAAACCAAAAGUAUCUGUAGCGCUAAAAGUGGGGGAUCGGGCCACGAUAACAGGAGCGGUAUGGGCAGUAUAGCGCGUAGUGGUCAAGAGGCCAUCCUGCCGGCUGUGCUGGAGUUUCCUGAGGCGGGGCAGGCACAGUUCCUGGCCGCAGUCAUCACUCACCUCGACCCUCACGCACCGGCCUUCAAGCUCGCACCAGUGUACACGCUCUACCUGUGCGCAAGAUAUCGUGCGUCGACCCAUUAUCGGCCGGAGCUGACACCUACGGAGCGAGCUCAUAAACUGACCGCAUUUCUGCACCACGUCGCUACACUUAUUCACGCCACCGUUCAGGAACGGUGUACGGAUUCUGCAGCGCAAGCAUUUUGGAUGGCAAAUGCGAGUGAAUUACUGCAUUUCUUGAAAUGUGAUCGUCAUAUAUCGUCGUUUUCUACGCAAGCGCAAGACUUAUUGCCCACGACUGUACAAAAUGCGUUCAGCAACCUAGUGUCAUGUUUCCAAGAGGAGUUGUCCCGCGCGCUGGCGGAGCUGACGAGCCCGGCGGCGGCGGACGCGACCGAAGCCACCGCGCCAACGCUGCAGGCGCUGGCGGCCGCCAUGGUGCUGCUGCGACGCUGCCGGGUCAACGCCGCGCUCACCAUACAGCUGUUCUCGCACCUCUUCCACUACAUCAACGCCGUGUGCUUCAACAAGCUGGUGACGGAGGCGGGCACAGUGAGCGCGCGCUGGGGCGCGGCGCUGUCGGCGCGGCUCGCGCUCGUGGCGGCGUGGGCGGAGCGCCAGGGGCUGGAGCUGGCUGCCGACUGCCAUCUCGCGCGCACGCACCAAGCAGCGCGCCUCAUCUCGGGCGCGUACCGUAACGCGGAGGAGGUGUGCGGCGCGCUGGGCGCGUGCUUCAAGCUGAACUCGGUGCAAGUGCGCGCGCUGCUGGCGCCGCUGCUGCCGCCCGAGCUGGUCGACGCGGCGGCGGCGCACGCACGCUCGCGGGCUGAUGAGCUGUACCGCGCUGACGGACGAGAGAUAACUCUGGAGGAGAGCGUGUGGCUGGGCGCGGCGCUGCUGAUCCCCGGCGACGGGUUCAGCGCGGAGGUGGUGCGCGGCGUGCCGCCCGGCCUGGCCGAGUUCGUGGCGCCGCUACAGCGCGGCGGGCUGUGCCGCCUGGCGCAUCAGCCGCACGCGCUCGGCCUGUGGACCGUGUACAUGCACGGGUACGGCGCGCCCGCGCACGCGCCGCACGACCACCCGCGCGUGCACAUCGUGCAGCUGCACAAGAACUCCAACGGCAUGGGCCUCAGCAUCGUCGCCGCUAAGGGCGCAGGACAGAGCAAGUUGGGCAUCUACAUAAAGUCCGUGGUGCCGGGCGGCGCGGCGGCGGCCGACGGGCGGCUGGCGGCCGGCGACCAGCUGCUGUCGGUCGACGGACACUCGCUCGUGGGCAUCACACAGGAGAAGGCCGCGGAAUAUUUGGUACGAACAGGCCCGACGGUCACGCUGGAAGUGGCGAAGCAAGGUGCGGUGCUGCAUGGCCUGGCGACACUUUUGCAUCAACCCGCUUACAACCAACGACAAGGCGCCGGAGGAGGCGCGACGCGACGCGCGUCGGAGCGCGACCUGCCGUCCCGCCUGGCCGCUGAGCCCGUGAAGCCCAGCAAGAGCACGCCGGCGCUGCACCACGCGCCGCUCGCGUCGCCGCUGUCGCCCGCCUCGCCCGCCUCGCUCGCCUCGCACGCCUCGUCCUCGCACCUCGCGCACCAGCCGCCUCCGCCCAACGCGCUCUCGCCUCAAGCCGCGCACACGCCGCUGUCCACGAGCAACAUGUCCGGGAGCGCGGCGGGCGGCGCGUGGGCGCACAAGUCGCGCAGCAGCCACAACCUGUCCGCGCAGAGCGACUCCUUCUACCAGAACCUGUCUUCCGUGCACGCGCCCCUCCACCACCAGCCGCUGCAGGACAGAUGGUCUUCGCUACGCAGUUCCACGGGCAGCGGCCGGCCUCAGUCGGCGCACUUCGCCGCCUCCAACAGCGAGCAAUCUCCAGACGCUGCCAACCUGCAACACCAGGCUCAAGCCAACGCAGCGAGUGUCCGAGCGGCCAAACUAGCGGAAAUGUCUGAAGAAGUGACGAGACGACAGCAGCAACAACAGUACCAGCAACAACAACUCCAGCAACACCACCAGCAGCAACAAUUGCAACAGCAGCAGUUACAACAGCAGCAGUUGCAACAGUUGCAGUUGCAGCAGAAGGCGAACACGGCGCAUCCUCACAUGGGCGCGCAGCCGAGCCCGAACGCCAUGCACAUGCACACAAGCGCGUCUAACCCAAACCUGAUGCACGUGCAACCAAACCAAGGGCACGUGCAUGCGGCACAGCAGAAUCAACCGCCCAUGCACGUGCACGCCGCAGCGCAGCCGGGACAAGGGCCCAUGCACGUGCAUGCAGCCGCGCCGAGCCAAGGGCCGAUGCAUGUGCACACCAACGCGCACUACUCGCCGCAGUUGCCGCAGGGCAUGCACUUGAACAUGCACUCGCAGUACAUGCACUCAUCACAGUCUCCCGCUCAGGGUUAUCACAACCAACCAGCGCAAUCGCAAAGAUACGACUGGCAUCCGCCCGGGCCGCCGUCUCCACAAAGAUCGCAACCGCCUGUUGCACCCAAACCCGGUUCGGAGAUGAGAAGGUCUGAAACUGAGAUGGACGACCAAUACUUGCAGCAGGGACAACCUCCUACCUCAAGCGCGCAGCCCGAUGAUGAGCGAUACCUGGCGAGCGCGUCGGAGCCGCCGGCGGUGUCGGUGUACCCGGUGGGCGGCGCGGCGGGCGAGCGCGCGCGGCCGCCCGCGCACAACCCGUGGCAGCGCGAGGAGCGCGAGCGACAGGCGGAGGCGCGCCGACAGGCUGCGCGCGCCCGCAGGGACGCGGCCAUCGCGCAGCUGGUGUCGCUGGGCGGCGCGCGCACGCCGGUGCAGAACCAGCAGCUGCGCGCGCUGCAGCUGGAGCGGGACUUCGAGCGGCGCGCCACCAUGCACCAGGACGAAGCAGGGGAAAGGGAGGGUGGCGGGGAGGAGGCGGAGAGUCCGUCCCCGGAGCCGGACGUGCGCGAGGAGCGGGACGUGCGGGAUGCGCGCGAGGUGCGAGCGCCCGCGCCGCCCAAGUCCAUCCUCAAGAGCGCGCCGCGGCCAGAGCUCACCAACGGGUACUCGACGCACACGAACACAAUGUCGGAGACGACGCGCAUGUCCGAAGUGUCGGCCAGCGUGAGCAACUUGUCGCUAUCGGGCGCCAGUGCGGGCGGGCCGGCGGGUGAAGUCGCCGGCGCGCCGCCCCCGCCCGAGCGAGGAUCGUCCUUCGCGGUGAUGGCGGGGCGGCGCGCGCUCGACGGCUCGCACUCGCAGCUGGUGUCGCACGCACCGCACGCCGCGCACGCCCCGCAUACUGGGCACGCACCGCACGCACCGCACGCGCCGCACUCUGCGCACGCGCCCGCUGCCACGCAUCACCAGGAACACGCGCCAGCGCCGCCGCCACAAUCUCCAGUGAGCAGCAGUCGCGACAAGCGCGUGUCGUUCCACGAGCGUGCCGCUGCGCCGCCCGCGCCGCCCGCCUCCUCCCCGCCGCCUCUCGACCCGCCCGCGCCGAACGCUAGAGAGGACCCUGAUCGGUUCAUCGAGGAGGCGGAGAGCAUGCUGGCGGGCCCCGCGUCACCGGCCAGCGCGUCGCUGCCCGCCGCGCACACGCCCGGCGUCAUCGGCGCGCAGGAGGUGUACAGGGAUCCCCGAACGCGUCGGUUGGCAGAGGCGCAAGCGCGCGCGCCAGCCGCGCCCAUCCCAGAACAACUCUCUUUUAAAGAGAAAAUGAAGAUGUUCGCGCUGGAGUCGGGCGAACAGUCUACGCCCAAGGACAAGGUUAAGAUAUCGCGGGCACAACGGGAUAUUGACGCUGUACGUUAAAUUGUCGGGCAAACGAAUAUCCGUUACGGGCGUUAUAUUUAUUGUGACACCCCCCGGAGGGCUAUCGGUGUUUCAAAAUUUAUUAUAGAAAAAUAUUUCUGUGAUUAUGAUUAUGUCAUACAUGCCUGUAAUUCAGGUAUGUUUGACGAAGUCAUAAUGGCUAUGUUUAAUGGUCUAAGAGCCGGCAUAAGGAAUAUAUACCCUCAUCUGUUAUUUAUUUGGGAUAAGAAAUAAAUAGUAGAAUAUUUUCACAUUGACACGUUGCAAAUAGAUUCCGUAGUUAAAUUGCGGCCAAACACAUUUUUCAUACAAAAUCUAGAUCAAAGGAAACUUAAUACAGGAAAAUUAAGCAUAAAAUAAGCUUUCAUUUGAUAUAUUAGACGACUAAAUAACUGAUGAGGGUAUUUGUAUAAGAUUAAUUAACUGUUUAUAUCUGGCAAGCCCACAGUCGCACUGUGAAAGCAGGCAACCUUUAGUUUUCUCUGUUGGAUAUAUUCUCUUAACUAGUGUACGAUUUUUGUUAAUUAUAAAUAAGAGGGAGGUUUUUUACAUUAUGCGCAAUGUGUCAAUGUGAAUAUAUUUUCUAUCAUUUAUUUCUUAUCCUAAUCAAAUAACAUAUGAGAGCAUAUAUUUCUUAUGCCGGAUCUCCUAUUAUAAAUUGGCAUAUAUUUAUAAUCCUAAUCGCAUCGAUGUAAUCGAUUGUACUUUUAUGGCAACUACGUAUUUAUGGUCGUUAAUAAAUCUUCAGUAUUAUUAUAGCAGCAUGAAUCAGAAGGAAAGAAAAAUAUUAUAAUGUGAUUAUACUUAAUAUUCAGGUUUAUUAUUACCUACAUGAUGAUAGAUGACAAAGGACCAGAAUGAGCUUUUUGUAUUUUGUAAGUUAUUCCGCAAGAUUUACUAUUUACGGGACCUACUCGUAGCACCAAUUUACAUGUCAACGAUAGAACUAAGUUGUAAUUCAAAGGUAUAUUUUUAUGACUAGGACUUUAAUUGGUAUUAUUACCUGUCGCCUUAGCAGCUAGUGCAAUUUUUAGUGAUUAUAUUAUAGUAUCUAUCAUAUUAUAUAGAUAUUUUGAUUAUAUUCCAAAAUAAACUAAGUAAUUAAUAUGUAUACAUAAGUAUAUGAAAAAAAUAUGGCACUAUAAAUAAAUUAAUAAUUAAUGACCCUCCAAAUUUGCAGUGUGCCAUUAUAUAACGAGGAUUAUAUUUUAUAUUGUGACAUUAUUUUUCACAAAGGACCAAUAUUAUUACAAAAAUGAAAUUCGGCGAGUGCCUUUUACAUGUUUUAUCAAAGUAACAAAUAAGUAUCAUUUUUCAAGUUCAUUAAAAUAUGUUUAAUAUUUAAGCUUCGUUACAUUCCAAAGAAUGAAUCAUUAUUUUCUGUAUUAGUGAAGCAUUCCUCUAAAAAUGUGUCAUCCAGUGUGUGCGACACGUACUUAUCAUCACAAUUAAUUUGUAUUAUUAUAUACUGUAACUUUUCAACUCGUUUUACUAUUUUUAAAAUAAUAAUAAAUUAAAAAAAACUAAAGCAAUAAAUGAGCCUUUUGUAAAUACAGAUAACGGUAAUUAUUAAGCACAAUAUGUGCCAAAAAUUACAUUAAUAUUUAAUUAAUGUACUUUAUAAUUUGGACGAGAGAUUGAGAUGCUCGCGCAACGGCUGCCUGUCUGGAUAUGAAUACAGUAGAGCUAUUCUGUAAAGAUGUUUCAUCACUGGACAACGAAGUCAUCUUUUAUAUCUUUGUGUUGAGUGAGAGUUUGUGACUAUUCGAUCAUGUAAGAGUAUAGUGCGACUUAUAAGAGUAGAAGUUAAUAAAAAUGGAACUAAUAAACUUGCUGUGUGGCAACACCACAUUUACUGUCAUUAUCACAAAUAUCUAUCAUUAUAGAGCAAUCAUAGUGGAAAGUCGGAUAAUUACCACGCUAAUUACAAUAAAUAUAAUUUAUUUAGAUGAUUUUGUAAGUCAAUAUCAUCUAAAUAAAAUAAAAUUUAAUAAAUGUAAAUCAUGAAUCUUAGUACCCAUAACACAUGAUACUAACUUCAGGACUAGAUAGUAAGCACUAAGCAUAUUCGAAAUAUAAUAUUUAUUAUUUUUUUAAAAUAGGUAACGAUAUUAUUUUCAACAGAUCUUAUUUAAAAUAAGACCGUAAUAUUACGUAUAAAACAAAAUAUCAAUUAUUAUCAAGUAUCAAGGUAGUUGCAGUCCCAAGUAUAUGACAAAAUACAGGGUUAUCCUAUGAACGACAAUUUUCCACUUCGUAUUUAAUUUCUCUUCUGUGUCGCAAUAUAAACUUCAAUUUAAACGGAAUUGAAACAGCGCCAUCUACUCGUACUUAUGUUUUCUCUUGUUGUAACUAGAUGGCGCAUUUACAAUUUCAUAAAUUAAAGUUUACUUUUACGCAGUCAAAUAGGUAAGUAGAAAAAGUCACUCACUACUAGUAUUUGUGUCCGACAGGAAGAGAUAGGUAAGGAAUCCGAAGUUACACGGCUGAGUAAAAAAACUUCCUUACAUAAUAGUUCGACAAGUCCUAAUACUAAGGUCGCUCUUUGUGUACUCAGACUAAAAUCAUAAAGACCAGCCUCGCUACGUUACUUUUCUGUCAAAGAUAAGAGAAAGAAAGAUAUGAUCAACGAUUUAAUGCGAUUAUAAAAACUGUAUUUAUAGUAUCUAUGUUUCAUAGUUGUAAUCGUGUUCGUCGGUUACAGAGCUCCGUAAAAAAUACCUUUUUGUGUAGUUGAAUGCUGUAAAAAACGGUCAACAACAAAAAAAAAUUCAGACAAUUACGUUCGUGAAUUUGGGUGCGAUACUGGUCCUUGUGCAAUUGGUCUGAGUUUGUGUAGCAUAUUUGUCACGUAAAGCGAAAAUUUAAAUUUUUUCGUGUCACCAAUUUAUUGUAAAUAAUGUAGUCCAUAAGAACCUAACAUUGUGUUGCGUAUACACAUACGAGUAUGUACACGCGUUUUGUAUUAUGUGAAAGUUUAUUUAAAAAUAAAAUUAUAUCAAAAGUUAACAUAUGAAUGUGUAAGUACGAGGCCUAUAAAGCGUAGGAUUAGCGUAGUUACAAGGAGACGUCGGUCUCCGCAUUUCACCCAACGAUAGUCAAUUAGCAAGAGUAAAUAUUUUAUAGAAUUAUGUUUUGGCUAGUUGUAUAUACAUCUGUAUCCCAGGUAAAGCGAGUCAAUCGUGUACUCCUAAAAAUUACAAUUAAAAUAAAUCAUGUUACUGAUAGUGUACUAAACAUAUUACACCAAUUAAUAUUAUUAUUAUUAUAAUUGAUGAUAUUGUUACAAAUAGAAAUACAACUGAUAUUGUAAUUCAUUAAAUAUUAUUAGCAGUUUCAAAAAUAAAUUAACAAUCGCUA